GGGCAAAGCGUCGCGCAGCAAAGCGCCGCGAGCAAGUCAAGCGCAGGCUUGGGCUGGAGUCCUACGAGAGCCCCCGGCGCAGGGCGGGCACCGGCGGGCAGGCAGCGCUUCGUCGGGGCGAGGAGGGCGACGUGGCUUUCCCCUUCUCCCUCCCAGUGGCGGCGGGAGCCGGAGAGAAGGGGACCAUGCAGGCGGAAUCGGGGAUCGUGCCGGACUUCGAGGUCGGCGAGGAGUUCCACGAGGAGCCCAAGACCUACUAUGAGCUGAAAAGUCAGCCCCUGAAACACAGUCCUGUACAUUUAUGGCACAGCUGGAAUUGUAGCAGGCUAUUUCCCAGUUCAGAGCACCCCGGCGCUUCCAAGCCUCCACUAAGCUCCUCCAGUAUGACAUCACGGAUUUUGCUACGCCAGCAGCUCAUGCGUGAGCAGUUGCAGGAGCAAGAGCGCCGAGAGCAGCAACAGAAACAGCAAGCAGCUCAGUUCAUGCAACAGAGAGUGGCAGUGAGUCAGACACCAGCCAUCAACGUCAGCCUCCCAGCAAGCCUUCCUCCUGCAACUCAGGUCCCAAUGGAAGUCCUCAAGGUGCAAACCCACCUGGAAAACCCUACCAAGUACCACAUCCAACAAGCUCAACGGCAACAAGUCAAGCAGUACCUCUCCACUACGUUAGGAAACAAGCACACCAGCCAGGCACUAAGCUUGCCAUGCCCAAACCAGCCAGGUGAUCAUGUUAUGCCACCUGGCACAGGAAGUAGUGCACCCAACAGCCCAAUGGCCAUGCUUACUCUCAACUCCAACUGUGAAAAAGAGGGCUUUUAUAAAUUUGAAGAGCAAAACAACAGGGCAGAGAGUGAAUGCCAGACUCUGAAUACACAUUCCCGAGCAUCCUGCAUGCAGAUGGAUGAUGUAAUUGAUGACAUAAUCAGUUUGGAAUCAAGUUAUAAUGAAGAAAUGUUUGGUCUAAUGGAUCCGGCUCUACAAAUGGCAAAUACGUUACCUGUCUCUGGCAAUCUGGUAGAUCUUUAUGGCAACCAAGGCAUGCCUCCCCCAGGACUCAACAUCAGCAACUCCUGCCCUGCAAACCUUCCUAACAUUAAAAGGGAACUCACAGCAUGUGUAUUUCCCACAGAGUCAGAGGCAAGAGCAUUGGCCAAAGAGAGGCAAAAGAAAGACAAUCACAAUUUAAUUGAACGAAGAAGACGAUUCAAUAUCAACGAUCGCAUAAAAGAACUUGGCACUUUGAUACCCAAGUCAAAUGACCCACUUGAUGAGUUGCGUUCAUCUUGCAGGGAUAUGCGAUGGAAUAAGGGAACUAUUUUAAAGGCUUCUGUGGAUUACAUCCGCAAGUUGCAAAGAGAACAGCAGCGUACAAAAGAACUGGAGAACAGACAAAAGAAACUGGAACAUGCCAACAGGCACCUUUUGCUCAGAAUACAGGAACUUGAAAUGCAAGCUCGAGCGCAUGGACUUUCCAUCAUCCCGUCUACAGGCCUUUGCUCACCGGAGAUGGUAAACCGGCUUAUCAAACAAGAGCCCGUCCUGGACCACUGCAGCCAAGAGGUCUUACCGCAUCACCCUGAUCUUUCUUGUACAACCACUCUCGACCUGACAGAUGGCACCAUCACUUUCAAUGACAGCCUGGCAAACGUGACUGAGUCAGCUGCUGGCACUUACACAGGCCCUACAAAAAUGGGAUCCAAACUGGAAGACAUCUUGAUGGACGAUACUCUCUCUCCUGUUGGAGUUACUGACCCACUCCUUUCCUCGGUGUCUCCUGGGGCUUCAAAAACAAGCAGCCGAAGGAGCAGCGUGAGCAUGGAAGAUACUGACCAUGCUUGUUAGUAGAGAUACUUAGGAUGGCCUUUCAUGAACUUCUUCAUUUCUUGAUCAGUAGAUUCUGUCAUUUGCUCUGUUUUUUCUUAUUAACUAUCUUUUAAUAUAAAUCUUCAGAUAGCCCAGUGUAUGUGAUUUUU